GAACGAAAAGAAACGUAUGACCAUCGUAUGACGUCUCAGUCGUCUUGAACAUUGCAUUAAAUUUUUUUUAAUAAAAAAAAAAAUUAUUACUAUUUAAAUAAAUUUUCUUUGUAAAAUACACAAAAAAUGGGUCAUGGAGAAGAAGCUGGUGGUGAAAAUCUUAAAGGAUUAAAUAGAAUUUUCAAUAGUCAGACUAAUUAUGGUCGAGCUAAUGUAUCAAAAGCAACUCUUGGUACAAUGGCAUUAAUUGGACUUUAUUUAUAUUUUAAACCAAGUAAAAAAGCAGUUGCAAAGUAAAAUUCUUCUGUCAUGAAAUAUCAUGAAAAUAAUAGCGAUAGUCCUGUGAGUUCGUACCCAUUUUUAACUUAUAUAAUGUUCUCAAUUGACGACUUUUGUAAUAUCAUUUGGCCUGAAAAAUAAAUUUAAUUAUCUGAUGAUAAGAGUGCGAUGUUAAAAUUUAUAUCAAUUUUAUUUCAUUCAUUUGUUACUUUUAUGUGCGUCAAAAUUGAAAAUAUUUCUUUGAAUAGUUAACAGAAUUUUUUGAUGUUAAAUAUACAGUUGAAAUAUUAUAAAGUUUACACUAUAUUUCUUUGGGAAUUUUUUUUUUUUUUAAUUCUCUCGCUCACUAUCGACUAAUUGUUUUGUAAUUGCGAUUUUGUCGAUUACAAUUUAAGUUGUAUAUUAUAACUGUAUAAGAAUAAAUAAUUAGUUCAUUAACGA